UACUAAAUUGUAUCCAUAGAAACCAUCAAAAUUUUACUUUUGGCCCAAUUCUUUUCAAAAUUUGCACAUAAUAUUUCUGUGUAUUUUAAUGAAAGUCAACUAAGUAAGUUGAUUUUCUCCCGAGUUUGAACUUACACUCUCAGAACUUAAUCGAGCAAUUGACAAUGAAGACAGAUUGCAACUCUAUGAAAAAUAUCUCUUGGCUAAAGCACAUGUAUACGAACCAAAGCACAGAGUUGGAGAUUCUUAAAAGCAAGUAUGAACAGCUGCAGAAGGAAUGGGACAGCCAACAGGAAUACCUGGGCAGACUUCAAGGCGAAGUUUACAAAUUGAGAAACCAACUGCAGACACAGUCUUCAUUCUGCGCAGCUUUAGGCUCGGUUUUGGGCAACCUAGUUUGGAAAGCAUCCAGGCUUCAACCUGUUGUCGAACUUCUAUUAACAACUAAUAAGUUGUCAGAAUUUUUCUGCAUUGUCAGUGGUACGCUUAUUUCCUUCAUGGGCACGUAUACACGCGAGAUGCCUGAAGUUAAAUGUAAUGAAACACAAUUUAUCCUUUCAAUGUGCGGCAUUGUUGCAAAUAUAGCAGCUGUGCCAGAAGGAAGACAAUAUAUCGUUACCGAUGCCAAUGGGAAAGAGACAAUAGAACAGAUGCUCAAAGUGCUUCCGAACAUACCACAUAAGUCUGGCAGCCCAUUGAAAAGGAUCAUUUUGAUGGUUUUGUACAAUAUAAGCAUUAAUCAGACGGGGCUGAAUCUAAUACAGGAGGACAAAAAUCUGUUAACGACGCUGGCUCAUAUCGUCGCAUCCGAGGAAUGCCCUGAGUUGAAAGUCCUUGCUCUUCGACUGCUGGAAUCAUUAACUUUUGAGAUCCCCAAUACAAUUGCUUUACUCAAAAUUCUACAGCAGAUUCAAAAGGACAAAAUAGAAGCACUGCAAAAUGCCGGAGAUGCAGAAAUUCGCCAGUAUGCUAACAAUAUAAUGGCAAACUUCCGCAAGGCCGAGGAGGCGCUUGGAUUCAUUAUAGAUAAAAAAGAUGAUACAGACCAGUUCAAGCAUGAUGUUACAAACGAUAAAUGCCGAAAAUGAUAAUAGGCUUAUACAUAUCUGUAUUUGUUUUGUGGUCUGAUAAGUUCAAGUAAACUCAAGUAUAAAAUUACAAGUUAUUAUAUAAAGAUAUAUUUAUUAAGUAAA